GAGGUAGGGGGAGGAAAGGGAGAGGAGGGAGGAGAAAGCGAGAGGCAGCAAGAGAAAGUGAGAGAGAGAGAGAGAGAGAAAGGAGGGUAAUAUGAGGAGAGACAAUGAGGGAUAGAAGAGGAGGAGAGAGACUCAGAAAGAGAGAUAAAGACAGGAUAGAAGGAUAGAGCUGACAGCAGACAGCAAGUGAGCGUAGAGAGGAAGAAGAGGAGGUGAGUGAGCGGAGCUGAGGUCCCAACGGUGUGAUCCUGCUGCAGCUUCUCUCUGUCACUGACUGACUCAACACAGGUAGGACGCUCGCUGAGCCUCCAUUCAUUCUCAGUAGCAGAGGGAAAAUUGAGCAGGUUUGGAUGAUUGUGUUGGCCAGAGACGAUCCAGUGAGAUUGGACAGGUGUUGGUGUGAAUGCAUAUGUCUGUAUAAUGAUCAGAUUCUUCAGUAAAAGUAAUCAUAUCACUCUCUUUGUCAGGUCAAAGUCAAAGACAUAAAAGUAUUGCUAUCAAAUUUUAUAUAGGGCACGUAAAGAUUUGUAUUUUAUCAGAUGUUUUUUUAUACUAAUACUUUCAGUUUCUAUCAUCAGCAUCAAAAUCAGACUUUUGGUAUUGAAAGGGGGAGACAUUUUUAACUGUGUAUGUUUAUGAUGGGUUUAAUCAAUGACAGUGCAGAAAUGUAGUAUGCUUAGCUGCAAAGAAACCUAUUUCAACAGUAUUGUGAAAUACGCAAUUCCCACAAAAAGUAGCAUCAAAUAAAAAUUAACACACAACUGCAGCUUGAAAAAUGUUAACGUGUUCUUUUUUGUCUCAGGUAAAGAUAAAAAGUUAAAUGUAUACAAAUGCUUACCUCUUUUAUCUUUGUACAAGUGUUUCUGCUGAAAUAUGACUCCAGUUGAGUUCUUUAGACAAACUUAAACCUGCAUGUCCUCACUUUUCCCCUGUUUGAGCUGCUUCCUCCACUGACCUCUUGUCUGCAAGAGACAGUCAAGUAUCAGACCUCCUUUUGUGAUGCUAGCCGAGUCAAUUAUAACAUAUAUCAGUCUGCAUUUCUGUGAACAUGCCCAAUGUUUGCGCCGGUAGGCACUCAUCCCUCAUGAAGUGCAAUGAAAAAUCAUUGGAAACACAGUGCAGACUGGUGUUUCCCAGCCCCAUGCACAAAACAAAACAUUUCUGAGAAAACAGCCAAUUAUCUCCCUGCAUUUGCCUUGUUAAAAACGAGCAAACCUCCCACUGCGUACACGAAUCUGUGCUUGUGCUGACAUACCUGCGUGCCUAUGUAUAAGAGCUGAGCUGGAUGUGUGUAUUAUCUCUGCAUGAGCCGCCUGUAAUUACACGGUAAAGGUGCCCAUGGGGCGUCAGCCGCUACAUUUGGCUCUGUGCCACAUCCCCUGCUUUUAUUGUGUCUUGUGCCUGACAGAAAAAAACUGCUGUGUGUGUCUGUUUAUGUUGACUGAUAUGUUGACUGUCUGGUUUGUGAGCACAUGCUACAAGUGUGUAAGAGUGUAAACUUAAUGUCUGCAGAAAAUAGGUGUCAUGCACUAUUAUUAUUAAGUGUGUGUGUAUGUGUCUUCAGAACACACAUCAGCUGGUGGUAAGGCUGUAUGUGUGUGUUGACCGAUACAGUGCAGUGUGUCAGUGUGGGAAUCCAAGAAAUGUCUCUUUAGUGUGUUACAGUGUUAGUGUGACAAGUUCAGAGGGAAGACUGGAGGAUCUACUGAACCACAGACAGUGUUUCAUUGUUUAUCAGAUUAAUGCUUUUUAUAGCAAAUAGAUCUUAUCUAUGUAACUUUAAGUAUAUAUAUAUAAAAAAAUCAUAAAAUAGAAUAAAGGAUGUUUUCAUGUGUAAAUGUAGCCGGUCUUGUCUGGAAUGUGUUCAAAACAGGUAAAUCUUUGCAGCAGCCUGUGAAAGAGCUGACCUCAUUUUCUCCACAAAACAUGGUGGACAGAGUAGACAGGAUAAGUUCACGUACUGAUGUUAAAAAAAAAAACCUUCAGCUCUAGGCGGUGAACUUCCACUAACCCUGAGACGCACAUAGACCUCAAAAGCAUCAAAAAAUAUUUUAUUAGACUGGAGAUUAUAAUUUCUUUCUUGCCAUUUUCCAAAAAGACGGUUCCUUUUUGGAACUAGAUGCACAUUAAAGCCUCUCCACCUGGAACUUUAUCUGCCUCCUGCAGAGCAGCAAGGUUGUAGCCAAUGAGAUGAUCGGAUGGCUGAGCAGUGAGAUCAAAGCUGGGCCCUGUGUGUCUCCAUACUAGAGGUAUUUUUAUGGCUGGCUGUUAAACUGUGCAGUGGUUAAUAUACAUUUAAUGGAGACAGAGAAUUGAUAAAACAUUCAGUGACAUACAAAGGCUGUGACCAGAAAAGUGUCAGAGUUGGACUUUUGCAGCUAUAUUGGCAGAGAAAUACUAUCUGACCUCUGGAAAUAGACUUCAGGGACAAUGAGCAGCAGGACAUGAGUGUUAUUAUGAGUGGUGUGUGUGUGUGUGUGUGUGUGUGUGUGUGUGUGUGCGCGCUGGUACACUUGCCCAAAUUUAACCGUCUGCAUUCUGCAGCUGCUUGGAGGUUUAGUUAUAGUGUAGUAGCCGCAAGAAUCACCACACACAAGGCCGCAGCCAUGAAACAAUGUUCUCCCUUUUUUGUGUUACACACAAACCCAGAAAAACCCAUCUGUCAUUGGGUCAUAAACUGUCAACUUAAAGUGAAAACAUCUGCAAAUAAAAUAGCAAACGGGUGAAAUAAAAAUCACCUUUUUUGGACUGUUCUUUUUCACCUUGAAGGAUUUUUUGACAGUGUCCUCAAAACUGCAGACUUCAAACAAAGGCAAAUCAUUUGGGGUUAUAAAAUCUUUGUGUGAUCCUCCGAGGAGAGCAUGGAACAGUUUCAUCCCACAGUCAAGUGUUUCUUUUGGCAUUUCUCAGGAAUAAUUUAAAGCUGAUAUUUUAAAAACAGCCCUGCAAACCAAGACGUGUGCGUACACAGACUCUCAUACAGAAUAUGGCAGAGCAGUUUGUCUCUGUGUCGUUGACUUACUUAAAUUCUUCAAAAGCAGAGACAGUUUGAGAAUAUAGGUUUGAUUUACAUUCAGCUCUUGGAGUAUUGUAAAAACUCUGCUAUACACACUUACACACAGUAAGAUGUGAGGCUGAUAUUUGUGUAGAGCAGUCCCCUUGCACGUGCCCUCCUCCCCUCUACGUCUCUCUACAUAGAAUAAAUCUGACUCAGCAGCCGGCGGUCAGUGGAUGGUCAGUCAGUGAGGUCAGUAGAGCAGCGAAGCAGACGGGAUUUGCUUCUAUCCUCGGAGAUGUCACCCCUUGUUGUUUUAUUUUAGGCCAGCUUCUGUGGCAGACAUUACUGGGACGGUGAUGAAUGUUUUGCAGUGUAGCCAUAAACUGGCAGAGGACCAACACACUCUCGGCUCGGCUCAGGGGAAUCUGAGUAUUGUUUUUAAGGCUUCAGGGUCAGUGAGUUCAAUAUGCUUUGUUCUGAGAUAAAAGGGAAAAAAAAACAGAAUUAUUCAGGCUUGGUUUCCAGUACGCGUUCUAUAUCUUUUCAUUUGCUUGCUGAUGGACAAAGAUUACAUACCAAAGAACUUCAGAGGGACUUCUACUUAAAAUUGGGCCAAUCAUGUGACGACAUUCAAGACAAUUCAAGAUUAGGAACAGCAAUUCUUUACAAUCAACAUUACUGGUGUCUGCGCUGACAAGCCAGCCGUUUGCAAACCUGAUUCAUGUCUGUUAAUAAUGACGAAAACUCGAACGAUCAUUUGUCAUCGCUGCAUUUCUUUCAGAUGAUGACAUCAGAGCUCCUGACCUGUGGUUGGCUGCAGCAGCUACUCGUUGUGCUCCUAAAGCUUUGCCUCACUUUUGCUGGGCCUCUGCGACCGCUUAAUGGGACAGAAUGCACUGCCAAGGGUCCAGCCUCCUACAUCCUGGUCUUCACGGGUCACUGGAGCCCACAGUCCUUCCCAAAGCAGUAUCCGCUGUUCCGGCCCCCUGCGCAGUGGUCCAAACUCAUAGGUAAGAAAAAUUUCUGCCGACCAAGAAAUUCAUCAGAAACAGAUAUUUUGUGGGAAUUUUGUUUUGUAUUAGUGAUUAGUUCAGGUCCCUUGGUUUCUGGUGAUGGUUACCACAUAGAUGAAGUAACUCUGGCUCCACUCCCUGAACUCAUCUGAUACACUUGCCUCUGUCCAACUUCUCUCAAUUUUCAGCCAAGACGUUCUUUUUAGUGUUUCGCAUUGUUUACAGUCCAAUCAACAGCUCGAGAGAUGACAGUGUGCUUGGAAAGAGAAGCUAAAAAUUCCCCUCCAAAUAUCUCUAAAGUAAACUCCAUAAUUUCUUGGUUUCUGCCAUCCACCAAUGGAGGUCCUGUUCAGCUUCUGGGAGGUCUUAGUAUGAACCAAAAUAGAAACCAAAUUUCUUGUGGUUAACUUUAAGUAAACAGUCUUAAGUUGGUCAAAAUAGGUGAUGCAGAUUUGUAAAAAAAAAAAAAAAGAAAAAAGAAAAAACAAGCUCCAUCAGUUUUGUCCUCGUGAAGAGAAAUAAUCAAAUCUUUAUUUCUAGAUGGAGGUUGGGUGGACCAUUACGAUCAGUCCCGGAGGCUAGGAAAUCCAAACCGUAACUGAUCUUCAUGAAACAGCAUCAAACAGAUUUUUGGCUCAAUUUAAAACUCAGAUCAAUUGCUUGUAGUUGGCUGCACUUGCACACUGACAUCUGUCUCAAGAUUACUGUCAGUGAGAGUAAUAAUGUCCCAACAAGCUACUUGCUUUUGCUUUCCUUACAGACUGUAGUUUCUGCAUGUAUCAAAACUAACCAGAGCUGAAAACCGAUUGCUUGAUAUUUCGCGGACCACAAACAAACUCUAGCAUAACAAUUCAGAACUCAGAUUUCUGUAUUUCUGUACUCUUUUUUGUAGAAUCUGCAGGUAGAUACUGUACUGGCUCAGACUGAUUUCUUACAGUCCACCAGAAGUUGAGAUCCUCAUCAUUAGCAUAGAUACAUACAGGGUCUACCAAUGUUGAUGAGCAAAAGAGCAAGAAGCAUAGAUGGGAUGGCACUCUUUUUGUUGUCCAACCUCUGACCAGUCAUAUCUUCAAUAUUUCCCUCUUUCUUCAACCUGAUCGUACACUCCUUCCCACAUUUCCGCUGGUUUACCACAUUGCUGGCAGUAAACACCGGAGUAAAAGCUGGCAGGCCUUACGAAGGUGGGUGAUGAAAGUUGGGGUGUCUUGGGGUCAGGCCACUUACUUCAGAGCCAGGAGGAGGACAAGAGGAAGAGGAGAUUCAGGCUCCUCUUUUCUGUUUUUUUUUCCAAGCCAUGGAGCAUGGGAUGGAAGGCAGAUGUUCGUAAGUGUGUGUGUGUGUGUGUGUGUGUGUGUGUGUGUGUGUGUGUGUGUGUGUGUGUGUGUUAUGUUUAACUGCUCUUGUGCAUCUUGUGCAUCACUGUCUGUGGCUUUGUCUGGUUUCCAGCUAUCCCACUGGUGCCCUACUGCCCAGCCCGAGGGUGAUGGCCUACUUACUCCUUAUAGAGACAGCCUCUGGGGAUUCUGACACACCCAUGAUGGCUUUAAAUGUCCCGGGGCACCAUUGGACAGGAGGUGGUAGGGGCAAGGACUGGGUUUUGUCACAGGAGAAGAAAAACACAAGGGGUUUCAAAGGGCUGAUGUUGGAACUGAAGUUUGUCACAGCACAAAGAAAAACACAACCUGUCAAGGGGUUUGGGGGCCUAUGGUGGUGUUGUGCCUCUUAAGAGUGGAAUCCAGGGGGCAAAGGGGGUCGAGGACACAACCAUAUGGAAAAGGGAAUGGAGAUUGUCACAUCCAGAGGAAAAACAUGAGCAAUUCAAAAAGGGCGGGAAGUGGGCUUUGACAUCUUGGUGGGGCUUAAAUGUGAGGCGUUAUCAAGUUUCAAGGUCUUGACGCUCGUUGAGAAGAUGUAAGGAUGGAAAUGCAAUUAAGUGUAAAAGUCAUGGCAGUUUUGGGAAGAAACAAGAUAGUGUGUGAAGUGUGCUGGACGGGUUGUGUGCGUAUCUCAGCACAGUGUGUGUGUUAAUGCGUGUGUCAAGAGUGUUUAGGCAGAAGAGCAAUGCUCUCUUUCUGUGUGUGUGUGUGUGUGUGUGUGUGUGUGUGUGUGUGUGUGUGUGUGUGUACAGCUCUGAAAAGUGAGGUAAGGCAGAACCAUCAGGGUAUUUGACAGCAUGUUUUUGGCUAACCUUACUCUGCCCUCAUAACCACUGGCCCAGGCAAGUGGGUCUGUGGGUUUCCCUAUGUGCUCAUGAACCUGCGGUACAAACAGUCUGACCUGGAUCAAGUCUCUUGAUUCUCAGCAGAUAUUACAGAUAAACAGGACUCAGUACAACAAAUGGAAAGGAAUGGUCGUCUUGGCUCUGGAUUGUAUAAAAAAAACAAAUAAGAGUCUUGAAGUUUGUUUAAAAAUGCUCGUCCACCAUUUGGUUGCUGACCACGAGAUUCUGACCAGUAUAUCCUGGCAAGUCCAGUCCAUGCUGGCGUGUGAUCCUAUCAGUGAUGGAUGGAGAAAGAUCUAACUAUAGCUGCAUGCUAAUGCCAGACACAUACAUGUGGGCAAUUUCUUCACCAUUAUCUGUUUAAUUACAGGAAGUAGGAGGCAGUUGUAGAAAUACAUACAGGCUCCAUGGUGGAAAUGAUCUCACCGUCUGGCUGAGGCUCUGUGGUACCUCAUUGACAUUGAUAUGCAUUCCAGCAAAUAAGAAUCUAACUCCUGUCUUCUCCUCUUUCUUGUGUUGCUUUUCUCCCAUUAGCGGUUGGCCACAAUCAACAUUUUCGGCUGUGGGAGGAGGGUGAUCCAGCCAGUGUAGGGGUACAGAACUUCUCUGAACUUGGGGUGACGGUGGAGCUGAUGAAGGCAGCCAAAGAGGCCAGGAAGAGACGUGCGGUUGGGGCCAUGUACAGGACUGCCGGCAUCCCUAAUGGCAUUGGGCACAGCUCCACAGAGUUGGUCAUUCAGCCACGAAACUCACUGGUACGCACACAUAAAGCUCUAGUAGAAGCAAUAGUCAUUCACAAAACUAAGCACAUGCUCAGACACAGUAAGUCACACAUGCUGCCUCUGGAAGAAUAAAUCUCCUCAAGUCAUCUGGUGACCUGGGCCUCUACAUAAUGUUGUCCUUCCGUGCACUUCACCACUUUUUCCACUAUCCAAUCAAACUAUGUUUAGCUCAAGGGCAGCAGCCCUGCAGCCACAAACACCCACAUCCAUCCUGCGCGGUCUGCUCUUUGUCUGCUGCCUGGCCCAAAAACUCUGAGACAAGGAUGAAGUUCGGUGUAAGGAGUUAUUUCUUAUUUGUGUAAUCGCUCUAAAACCUGCCAUAUCACGGCUGAGCCAUAAGUUCACUGGUCCAUUUCUUUGCAAUACCCAAUUCCUGAAUUCAUUGUCCUCCAUUCACGAUUUCUCCACAAAUUUAACGGUAGAUGAUCUGAAAUACUCUCCGCCUAAACCCUGACUUAAAAGGAAUUCUUCAAGCUUGACCAGUCCAACAAAGAGUUAAACAAGUUUUUUGCCCAGUUCAUUCAAAUAUCAAGUUUAAGUCAGUCUGUUGAGUAUCAUCCUUGACCAGAGAUCCUUAACAGUGUUGCUAGGCAUAAAAAAGUCAUGUUCAACAGCUAGAAAAAAUAACAAAUUUCUGAUGCAUUUUUUGCUAUCCACCACUCUUCUCUAGCAAAGCAAGCCAUUCUCUGACAACUCUCUUGGUUAGGCUAAUUUUGUUCCCCCUGAGCAAUCUGACCAAACGUUAUCCCUGUUUCUGGUCUUUCUGCUAAGUUAACUGGCUGCCAACACAAACUUUUUCAUGUUUCUUACGAUCUGUUAAAGGUAUCCGUUAUUUCCUGUAACUUACAAAGUUAGGGAGAAGUAUAUUGUGCAAAAAGUCAGACUGUUCCUUAGAGAGCAAAUGUAAACAGAAUAUAUGUUCAUUUAUGCUAUUCUAAUAUCUGUUUCACACAAAGCAAGAUUAUAUUUUCCAUAUUGUCACCCCCUUUGCUAUCCUCCAAUUUUGACUCAGAGACAACGAUAUCAGGGUUACACAAGAGGGAAAAUUAGAGUUUCUUUGAGCUUUUGAAAUGUUGGAAAUAUUUAUUGUCUCAAACAAAUUAAGGGACAAUUGUAAUCCUCACUUGACAACAUUGCAAGAACUUCUAUUAAACACUAAGUGAGUUUGAAAGCAAGGGUCAUGGCUUGGUGACUAAAUUUGGGUCUGGGACUCAAACAAAAGUAGUGGAUUUGAAGGAGGAGUCAGCUACAGCACUGGAAAAAAUGUGACGUACUAUUCACUGAGUUAUAACUAGAACCUAAGUCUUCUUUUAUGUGCAAAGCGUAUGCAGCGGAUGAAUGAUAGAGAGAGAGGGGUGAAGAGGAAGGGUGGACUUUUGCUGGAGUUUUUAGACAUAGGUGUGUGCCUGUCUGAAUGUCUGGUGACCUACAUUUGUUUAUUGGUUAUUCCACUGCCUGAACUUGAGGGCUCACUAAAAUCAUAAACAACCCUGUCAGGGGGCAUCUUUGGUAAGUACUGGUCAUGGACAGCAGCUUAACAGCUUUUCCUCUAGGUACGUGAUGUCUGUGGCUGCUUUAAACAGGUCCGCCUGUUUUUAGAUCCACGCACAAAACAAAAAAAGAACCCUGGAAUGACGAUCGUGCUUGUGUUGAACGUGACAAUGUCAUUCUGAGUGAUCUGAGUCUGCUGACAGCCUAAUCUGCUGCCCUUAUUUUCUAACUGUCUGUCGCUCUCCAACGCAUAUCUAAGUAUGAAUCCCACACAUAUUUCUUGUCCCCUCAAACCAAAACAACCAGACUCAGUGCCCCAGAAAUCUGAAGCACAUAUGAUUUUUAUCUCGAUAUUCAUAAGCCUCUGUCUUGGGCUGCUCUACGCCUGAUUAAAAACAGACUGAUAAUACAAGAAAAAAAAUACAAUUUGAGAUUCAACUGGUAUUGUUUUAUGAUCCAGACAGCGUCACCACAGAAAAUAGGGCAACAAGUUCUUAGUAUUAAGGUGCAUGAGCUCCCAGUCUGAGCUACAUGUUUUGUGGGUCGACUUGUUCUCUUUCAGGCUCAAUGAAAGAUUUGCUGCAAUGGUGGAAAAGUGAGAGAGAUCAUGGGAGCUUUGAGAGACUGUCUGUGGUCUGGAGAUCCUUACUGGCCUGCAGAUUGCAAACCACCAUCAGACCAGUGAUGAGGGAUACCCCUGAGUAGACAACCAUGCUGAGUGGCUGAAUGGAUUUAGCAGGAUGAGGCUUCUUGGAAAAACAUUGUUUGAGAGAAGGCUGUUAAGGACAAGAGGAAGAGAGAAAGAGGGGAAGGAAGGAAGGAAGGAAGGAGGAAGGGAUCAUAGGAGGAUUCUGAAAGCAAGAGAGCUGCCCCUGAUUUGUUUUCUGCUUCUUUGCUGUGCGUCAAAGGCAAGAAACAGACUCCAUGUGUCAUAAUGACACUACCUGCUCCCUGUCCCGAGUGACCUGCUCUGGUUUGAUGUCUGUUCCAGCUCUUCCAUCAUGCACCACUCUGUCUCAACCCCAGGCCACCCUUUCCUUGCCAUCUAAAGCUCUCCAAAGCCCACCCACUCAAACCAAAGCCUCAGCUGCUCAGCCCAGCUCCUAAAUUAUCAGGAUCGUAAGGAGGAGGCGUUUCCAAAUGUGCUGUUUUCUGGGCGUCUGCCACCUCUGCAUGUGCUGACCCCCAGGCCACUUCCUGCAUGAGGUCACCAGCUCUCAGGAAACAUCCAUCACUUUGGAGACACAGUCAAACGGUUCACAGGAAACUGAGUGGGUGCAUGAGCAUGCAGACAAGCAGCCCCCAGUCCCUGGGAACAUAAUUCUGAUUUAAGUGAAUUAAGAUCAGCGGGGUACCUUGUAUCCUAGCUGGUAUACAGCAUUAAAUAACCAGAACUAUACCAUGACUUGACUACAGCAUAUAUAAGACUGUCAUCUUGGGUCACAGAGUAUAUUUCUCUUUGGCCAAUGACAAAAGACCAAGACUGAGCCUAAAGCUCUUGAAGCUGCUCCUUUAGAAAGCAGAACAGUGCUUUGAGCUCAUGACUAAUAACAGCAUAUUAAUAUGCUCAUAAUGUCAAAGCUAACAUGCUGAUGUUUACUGUUCUCAUUUUAGGAAAGAAUGAAAGCACGGAAACAUUGGAGAGAGAAAAAAAACAUCAGAAGGGUCCACUUUCUUUUCUAUUGGACAAAAACUGAUUUUAUACAAUAGUAGAGGUGGAUGAAGACAUUUAAGAGACUAUAGGGAAUCACUAAAUUUACACCAAUUCAUAUACCACAUUAUAUUUCAUCAAUCAAUCAAUCAUUUAAUCAAUCAAACUUCGUUUAUAAAGCACUUUUCCUACAAGGAAUGUGACUCAAAGUGCUUUACAGUCAAGUUAAAAACAAAAACUAUCCCAACAACAAGGCCAGUGGAGGGAUGUGGCAGACACCGACCUCCACCAGGAACCCUGUGGCUGGCCCCUGCAACCACAAGCGACCACCGCUCCCAGUGCCGAGGGAUCCCUCAGAGGAAACACUGGGGGUCCUAAAAAUGAUAAAAGGAUAAAAACAAGUAAAAACUAAAAUAUGAAUAAAACACAGACCUAAAAAAACCUAGGCUAGCCAGAAUAAAUGAAAAUAAAAAAAAUAUUAAUGGCAUAUAUUCUCUUAAUAUAUGAAUAUAAAUAUAAUAAAAUAUUCAUGGCAAUCCACACAUUAAUCCAUGAGAUAUUUCAGUCUGGAAAAGGACCAAAACUAGCAUUGCAACAAUGACACCCUUCAUCAUCUUAUCAAACUUCCCCUCUGGGACUAAUAAAGUUCCACCCACUUAUCUUUGUCUUUUAAGUACUUUAAUGGCCUUCUCUUCAAUUUGUUUGGGCUAUAUUGGAAUUCAUGGGCCAUCACUUCCAUAUAUUUUGAGAGGACUUGUGUAUUUCAAUCCUCUAAUAGUCUUUUUGUUUCUUCCUUCUCUCGCUAAGUGUUUUCUCUCUUUUCCUCUCUUUUUCUUUAAUGACAGUUGUCCGUAAUGGUGAAAAUGAUCCCCAGCCCUGAUUGGUUUGUUGGUGUGGACAGUUUAAACCUUUGUGAGGGUAACCAGUGGAAAAAGGAAGUGACUGUUGACCUCCACCCUUAUGACGCAGGGACUGACAGUGGAUUCACUUUCUCUUCUCCAAACUUCCCAACUAGCCCACAAGAAAAUAUCACAAAGGUGAGCCCUGGAAAGUGUGUCAUAUUAUAACAUGGAUUGUAUUGUAUCCAAAUAUAUGUUUCUUUAUGUUUUUGUAUUGUCUCACAAGUGCAUCAAAUACCAUCUCUUCUUGAGCUCACCUUUGAUAAAGGUGUGUGUACAUUUGCUGCAAAGACAAAGCAAGGUGAACGGCCCUAAAAUAGGUUAACAGCACGGGAACGAGACAUUAUUCUUAGCUGUCUUCCCUGAAAUGAUUGCUUGGCAGCCCUUAUGCUUAACCUGGAGUGAAUUGAGUAAAAAGGGCCUCUCUUACAUAAUGGUCUGCCAAUCCAUUCCCAACAUGUGUUUUCAAGUGAGCUAUUGUGUUUCUGAACUUUUGCUAAGAAUCUAUCUGGCUAUGCUGAUGAAUUAUGCCCAACUGUUUUUUUUUGUGUUUUUUUUUCAGAUCACAUCUCAGAUGCCGAACCAUCCAGCCAACUCAUUCUACUAUCCACGUUUAAAGGAGCUUCCACCUAUAGCCAGCAUAAGGAUCUCUCAACAGAGCAGAUCAUCGAACCGUCAAACAGCGAUGUCAAAUCAUAUUCUGCCUAACUCUAUUAGUCCACAUCGCUUCUCAGGUAAGAUCAUAGUCUCACCCAUGAAAGUGUGGAUAAAGCCUACAAAUGCUGUAAACACAGGCUAACAGAAUCAAGUCUUGUUUAGGCAGAGACUUCAACUCAUAUUUGUUUGUUUUUCUUUGCUCACAUAAACUGUUUUCUUCUCACAUUUCUUAACCGACAUUCAGCGACUCCCCUGGACUGUGAAGUGUCCCUCUGGUCACCCUGGGGUUUGUGUUUGGGUCCCUGCUCCAGAGGUGGUGUGCGCCACCGCACACGAUACAUCCUCCUGCGGCCGGCUAAUGCUGGUGUGCCUUGCCCUGAGCUUGAGGAGCAGACUGAAUGUGUGCCACAUAGCUGUAUGAAACUCCAGUAACCUGCAGGACACACAAGCAGAUGCUGCCAGUAUUCAACACUGGGACUGUAAUGUUGUUACUGCUGGACUAAGAAACAUUGCUGCAGCUUGAGUCCUUGAAAAUUCAAUGGACUGUGUGUUUGUUGCACUCAAAUUGAGGACAUUGAAGACUUUUUGAAUACUAGCUCUAUGUGGCCAUCAAGUAAUACAAAGUGCACUCAUUUAGGGUUUAUGAUAUACAGAGUUUUUAUUCAAGGUCCAAGAAUUUUGAUCCUUCAGAUUCAGCCUGGACUGCAGGAUCGGGUUUAGUCGGCCUUUAAAAAUUAACAUGUACCUUUUUUUUCAGAGCAAUAGUCUUUAAAAUAAAAUCCAAUAUACAGUAUAAUGCCUGUCUUUAGCAGUUACUUUUCAAAGCAGAGAAAUAUUGAUAUCAAGCAAAAUUUACAUUUUUAUACUGAAUAUAACAGAAGUGCAAUGCUAGUGGAGAUUGAAACAUUAGUGAAAGCUACCUGGCUGUCAGCAUUAAAUGUUAAACCAUGUUUUGAUGUUGAUUUUGUGUCAGGGAAGGUCAUUUUUUUAAAAAAAGGAAAGAAAAAGCAGUAUUAUGAUUAAGACACAUUCGUACAGCAUUUUCCAGAAGGGCCUGAGCCAAACUGCUGCCAGGGUUAGUUUGUGUCUUGGCACAAAUAUAUAUUUUAUAAUUUUCCAAAUUAUUUAUCUUAUAUGGAUAAAAGAGUUUAUCCAUAUACCCCUUACCAUUCAGAUACGUGUUCAACUUGUGAAGUCUUUGUCAUUGUCUCUGUAAACUAUCAUCAAAUCAAAUGUCCUCUGGCAGAUUGAUAUACUGUUAAUACACCUCCAUAAUCAAAGCCAUGUCCAUAACAACCCUGUGCUGUCUAAAUGACAAAUUGUUGCUAUGGAAUUUUGAUCAAUCAGAAUCUAGGAUUUAAGACAGUUUUUUUUAAUAGUAAUAAAAAAACUUAUCUGCUUUUCGAGAAAAAGUGAUUCAUACUGGUUAUUAAUGAUUCAGAAAAACUGCAAAAAAGGCGCCUUAACAAACAUGUUUCCAAUAGACCUGUCAGAGAAUUGUUAUGGUUUGCUUUCAACAGCACAAGCGAUUGUGGCCCGCUGCAGUAACGACUAUUACAACACACACACUUACAUGUGGCCUUCAUACACACAUACAGUCUUCCUCACACAAAGGCCCUCACACACAGUGCAUUCUUUGAGAGGCACGAUGGCAUCAGUUUGCAGAGGUAACCUACACAUGCCUGGAACAUGCAUCUCUUUUAAAAUAGCCCUGCACCCCAAUUAUAAGUAUCACCUUCCACAAGAAACACCCAUUAGCAAACUUGAGGCUCAGAGGCAGUUCAAAGAAGCUUGUCUGUCUAUAAUAAGAUGCAGGUGUUCACAGAAAGAAUAAUUUCCAUGAUCUCUUUUGAUAUUUGAAUGUGGAGGUUUUGUAUAUACUGAUGUGAUGUAUCUUAUGUUGUAUAACUCAAAUAAAUAUGGAGGUGGGUUUUUUUUUUGAAGAGAGUACAUCUGUGUUACUUUUUCUGUUGUGCAGCUUUUCAGUGUUUUGAGCUGCACUGUUCUAGCAAUGAAGACUAUUUAUUUUAUAUGGCAGUGAAUAUCUUUUUCAUACUACACUUCUUUAUUUGUGUCCUAAGCUUUUGCAGUCUAAAUGCAAAAAUACACAUCAAUAAACAGAGUAUUAAAAGUU